AUGGCGUUGCAGAUGACUGCUCUGAGGUUCGCUAAGUAUAGAAAAACAGUCCUGAAAAUGUUGUCCAGACUCUUUCGAAUGCAUGGCCUUUUUGUAGCCUCUCAUCCAUGGGAAGUCAUUGUGGGAACAGUGACUCUCACCAUCUGUAUGAUGUCCAUGAAGAUGUUCACUGGGAAUGAUAAGAUCUGUGGCUGGAAUUAUGAGUGCCCCAAACUUGAAGAAGAUGUUCUGAGCAGUGACAUCAUCAUCCUGACAAUCACACGCUGUAUAGCAAUCCUUUAUAUAUAUUUCCAGUUUCAGAACCUAAGGCAGCUUGGGUCAAAAUACAUUUUAGGUAUUGCUGGCCUCUUCACAAUCUUCUCAAGUUUUGUUUUUAGUACAGUGGUAAUUCACUUCUUGGAUAAAGAAUUGACAGGUUUAAAUGAAGCGUUACCAUUCUUCCUGCUUCUGAUUGAUCUGUCAAGAGCAAGUGCAUUAGCCAAAUUUGCGCUCAGUUCCAACUCACAGGAUGAAGUAAGAGAAAAUAUUUCACGUGGAAUGGCAAUUUUAGGUCCUACGUUUACACUGGAUGCACUUGUGGAGUGUCUUGUGAUCGGUGUUGGUACUAUGUCAGGUGUACGACAACUUGAAAUUAUGUGCUGCUUUGGCUGUAUGUCUGUUCUUGCCAACUACUUUGUCUUCAUGACCUUCUUUCCAGCUUGUGUGUCCUUGGUGUUAGAGCUUUCUCGAGAGAGUCGUGAAGGGCGCCCUAUAUGGCAGCUUAGCCAUUUUGCUCGUGUUCUGGAAGAAGAAGAAAAUAAACCAAAUCCUGUAACACAGAGGGUCAAAAUGAUUAUGUCACUGGGUUUGGUUCUUGUUCAUGCCCACAGUCGUUGGAUAGCAGAACCAGCUGCUCAAAACAGUACUGUAGAAAAUUCAGUGGGAUUGGAUGAGAAUGCACCAAAGAGAAUUGAACCUAAUGUUUCAUUAUGGCAGUUCUACCUUUCUCGAAUGGCCAGUAUGGAUAUUGAACAAGUAAUCACUCUGGGAUUAGCCUUUCUCCUUGCUGUCAAAUACAUUUUCUUUGAGCAAGCAGAGACUGAAUCCACUCUCUCACUGAAGAAUCCCAUAACAUCUCCAGUGAUGGUCCAGAAAAAGGUCCCUGAGAAUUGUUGCAGGAAGCAAUCUGGACUUCUGAAAAACAAUCAGAAAUCUAACACAGUAGAAGAAGCUUUAGUUUCCAAAGAUGGAAAUGCCGAAGUCAUAAAACCUGUAUUAGCAGAGCCAUCAACCAAGGCUACAUUUGUAGUUGGCAGUUGCAACCCUGUGGAAACUUCUUCAGUUCUUAAUGGAAAAGAGGAAGAAACUGAGUUACCUAAAGAACCACGUUCUAUUGAGGAAUGUGUUUGUAUACUUGGAAAUGCAGAGAAAGGAGCGAAAUUCCUUACUGAUGCUGAGGUUAUCAGCUUAGUUAAUGCUAAGCAUAUUCCUGCAUACAAACUGGAAACCCUGAUGGAAACUCAGGAGCGAGGUGUGUCCAUUCGCAGACAGAUGCUAUCUAAGAAACUCCCUGAACCUUCAUCUUUGCAAUAUCUUCCUUAUAGGAAUUAUAAUUACUCUUUGGUUAUGGGAGCUUGCUGUGAAAACGUGAUUGGAUAUAUGCCUAUUCCUGUAGGCGUAGCAGGACCACUAUUUUUGGAUAACAAAGAGUUUCAGGUGCCAAUGGCAACAACAGAAGGAUGUCUUGUAGCAAGCACAAACAGAGGAUGUAGAGCAAUAUGUCUUGGUGGAGGAGCAAAUAGCCGUAUUCUGGCAGAUGGGAUGACUCGAGGACCUGUUGUAAGGCUGCCCACUGCUUGCCAGGCUGCAGAAGUGAAAGUUUGGCUUGAAAGCCCUGAAGGCUUUAAAAUAAUGAAGGAAGCUUUUGACAGCACAAGUAGGUUUGCCCGCCUACAAAAACUUCUCAUCAGUUUGGCUGGUCGUAACCUUUAUAUCCGUUUUCAGUCUGGAACAGGGGAUGCAAUGGGAAUGAAUAUGAUUUCAAAAGGUACUGAAAAAGCACUGGCAAGGUUGAAUGAAGAGUUUCCUGAUCUCCAGGUUAUAGCUAUUAGUGGUAACUAUUGCACAGACAAAAAACCUGCUGCUAUAAACUGGAUAGAAGGAAGAGGGAAGUCUGUUGUCUGCGAAGCAGUCAUUCCAGCCAAGGUUGUUAGAGAAGUGUUGAAGACAACUACAGAAGAUAUCGUUGAAGUCAAUAUAAACAAAAAUUUGGUGGGUUCUGCGAUGGCUGGUAGCAUAGGUGGCUACAAUGCACAUGCAGCAAACAUUGUGACAGCUAUCUACAUUGCCUGUGGUCAGGAUGCUGCACAGAAUGUGGGCAGCUCUAAUUGCAUCACUUUGAUGGAGCGAACUGGUUCCACCAACGAAGACCUGUACAUCAGCUGCACAAUGCCUUCUAUAGAAAUAGGAACUGUUGGCGGAGGCACCAACUUGCUCCCACAGCAGGCCUGUUUGCAGAUGUUAGGGGUUCAGGGUGCAAGCCAAGAUAACCCUGGUGAAAAUGCCCGUCAGCUUGCUAAAAUUGUUUGUGCUACAGUGAUGGCAGGGGAAUUAUCACUAAUGGCAGCUCUUGCAGCUGGGCAUUUAGUCAAAAGCCACAUGAUCCACAACAGGUCAAAAAUAAAUCUACAAGAUCUUCAAGGAACUUGCACUAAGAAGGCAGCUUGAAUACUAAAACAGCUUUGAAAUGAGGAAUUGUUCUAGCAACUGACCAGGUGCACAAGGAAGAAAAAAACCUGUGACGUUUAGAAUGAAAAUCACCUU